AUGCCGUGGAGAUCCAAGACUCUGACUAAGUAUGUUGUCGGUGGUUCAGAUGAUGCCAGUGUUGAUUCUGACAAUGGUUGGCAGCGUGUUGGAGUGGACCUCGACGUUGGGAGCCUUGGCAACCCAGUUGGGGCUGCAGCUUCAGAUGAGGUUGUCUUUGGGCCUGGUUCCGCAGAUUGGCAUUGCAACAGUGAUUUAGAUGAUUCAAGUGUUGUGCAUGGUGCAGGAGGGCAGCUUGACAAAACUCAGGGCGCAAUUGACUUAGGGGCAAGCCAAGUUCCUCGAGGACCGACGUUGUCUCAGGAAAAUUUUGAACAGUUCCUGUCCCAUGCGUUUUUGAGCACAAGAGGGUCUCUGAAGGUCCGCAUGCCAUGGGAAAAGGGUGUGUUCAAAAGCAUUUUCAAGAAACCUGACAGUGGCAGACUGGAGUGGGCUGGACAGCCAAGACAGUGGGUUGAGCAUUGCAUGGAAGCUGCAGUGGAACCACUUGAUGAGCUGUCAGUGGCUAUGUGCAGUCGGCCACAGUUGGUUGGUGCUUAUUUCGAGCAUGCCCUCGCCUCAGGUUCUGACCAGUCUUUCUUUCAGCAACGACAGAGCCUUUUGGAGUCAGCUGUGGAGAAGUGGUUUUGCAUAAUCAGGGUCAACAUGUUGGCAUCGGCAGUAGGCCGUGACAUAAUUGGCCUUGGGAACAUGGACAUUCAGAAAAAAGGGGCCUUUCAAGUUAUAGAAGCUGUCAUUGGCAUCCGGUCCAGGACAACUGCCAUAACCCGUGCAAAUGCCCUUUUGAAAUUCAUCAGAUGGAGGGCUGAGACGUCGGAGAACGAUGGCAGGGAGUUUUCCGAGAUGGAGGCGUGGCAGUAUUUGACAGAGCUGCGUGAGAAGAAUGCAGCACCAACCAGAGGCCGUGUUGGAGGGCCCUUCUUUCGACCACCGGGGUCGGAUGGGAACACCCACUGUCGGCGUGGCCUGACUUCACAUGAGGUGACAAAGUUUUUGCGGCUCAUGCUUGAAGGUGACAAUGUGAACCAAAGUGAGCCGAGGGUGUCGUCACACUCGCUGAAAGCGACCUUGUUAUCAUGGGCAGCCAAAUCAGGAAUGAGUCCAGCAGACCGCGCAAUCCUGGGCCGGCAUUCAAGUGCCUACUUGGAGUCGAGUGCGGUCUAUGCCAGAGACCUUGCUUUUGGAGCGGUGCAUCGACUUCAAGAUGUGCUGAGGAAAAUUCACAGUGGGGAGUUUUUGCCAGACGCUCCCAGGUCUGGGUACCACCCAGUGGCGUCAGUGACGGUGGAGCCUACAGAACCUGUGGAUUGCCAGGUUGUCAAGGUCGAAGAUGAGGUGACAGACCCGGAGACUGCAUUGUUGGGGCCUGAGGAGGCUGUGGUCAUUGAUGACGAACCCUUUGAAGCAUCAUCUGAUGGUUCAGAAUCUGUGGAGGACUCAGACUCGUCAGAGGAGGUUCCAAAGCCCCAAGUCAAGUGCUUUAGACACCAUGCAGUUGGACCGUUAGCAGGCUUGUUUGUGAUGCACAAUGUGUCAAAGUUGGUCCAUUACUCUGACCCUGCAGUAUUGGACGGAAAAGGUUUACGGAAGGAGAUCAGCGAGAUACUCGCACUUGAUUUCGCGAAUCUACAAGUCCUGCAUGAGGCAAUGGACCAACCUGGAGGCCUGGUAUCCUUGGCAGAUUAUGUAGCUGCGAGAUUGGGAGAAGAACAGGUGCUGAUAGCGCAUGACCUCCGGCAGUUCAAGGAGCACACAGCUAGAGACAUGCAGCGUGAGAGGCGCCUGAUGACACGGAGGUUGGUGCGUCCAAGGCUAGAAGAACCUGAGGUCAAGGCCAGCGACCUGCAGGAGACCUUUUCGAGUCUCUUGAAGAAAGAGGCUAUGCCAGUGCGGCAGGUGCGGAAAAGCCGCCUCAACCAGAAUCUCACACUGGAGGUGGGAAAUCCUCUGCAAGUGGCGGAGGAAGAGCGCCGCCGCUGGGCGCUGACCCUGGCUCAGUACAUCAAGGCGGCUGAGCUCCCUGUGGUGGAGAUGAUCCAGCAGUCAGAGGAUCAGCAGAAGGGAUGGUCCCGGAUUUUCGGGAGCCGCAGGGCAAAGACUUUGCGGAAUAGAGCGACCACCUGGAAGCGAUACUACAUCUGGCUGCUGCUCAACAGGAUGAGGCAUUGGCCAGCGCAGCUGAGCGACGUGGUGGAUUACCUGGAGGGUCGCAUAGAAGAUGGAUGUGGUCCGACAGCACCGCAAGGACUCAUGGGAGCCUUGGCACUUCUGGAGACGGUGGGGCGCGUCGAUGACAGGACGAAGUUGUCCAAGGACCGUACUCUAUUGGAUUACAUCAAGAAUAUGCAGAUGGAGCUGCAAACAGGGGCCCCUCCGAAACGUCCGGCGAAGCCCUACCUGAUCAGUGUCCUCAUUGGAUUGGAACUGCUGGUUUGCAGUGCUGACUACUGCAACUACACCCGCCUUAUCGGAUGGGUGAUGCUGCUUAUGUGCUGGAUGGUUUUGAGGGCAGACGAUGUGCAAUGGAUCGACCCAGCCAGGAUGCAUAUGAGUGGAACGUGCGUGAGGAUGAUCUUGCGCCGCACCAAAACUACAGGCCCGGGACGGCGGGCUGUGGAAGUCCCCACGUAUGUGGCCAGGGAUGCCUCGUUAGCAGGAGAAGACUGGCUGGGGCAAGGAUGGGAACUAUUCCAUUCAGAGGCUUUUCAGUCCGACAGGGACUACUUUCUGCCGGGGCCGAAUACGGCCUGGACGGGAGGGGCAAGAAAGUUCCUCAACACGCAAAAUUUGAACAGCUACAUGAGGCACUGGCUGCCAACUCACGCCGCCAACAUUGGAAUCCCGAAGGAGCUGAAGACCUAUGGAAGGGAACGUGGAGUCACCCAGGCAGAUGAGCGGUGGUACCACAUCAUGCUGCGCUUGCCAGACCACAAGUAUGGAUUGAGGACUCCAUACCCGACCUUGGAGAUGAUGAUGGAUGACGAUGAGCUGGAAGAGAUGGUGGCAGGAUGGGCACAGACGGUGCCACUGGAAGAGAAACCCAAACCGAGGGGCUCCACUGACCCGGAAAAGGAGAUCCCUUACUGGAUAUCCAUAUCCAGAAGGACGGGCUUCAGGAGGCUCCAUAAAAAGAGCUGUGCAUGCGGGGUCCAGUACUGGACAGUGGCCACGUAUGAAGAGGUGGAGACUAUUCCCAAAACGGGAGUGGACGCAUGGUGCAGAGUGUGCUUCAAGAAGGAGCUGGACGAGCAAGAGGACGAGGAUUCCAGUACUUCAGGUAGCUCCACUAGCACGGAAGACGAGAUUCAAUUUGCCGCCAUGGCAAGCUUGCUGGACUCUGAGGCACAAUUUAUCCAGCGUACAAUCGACUUGAAAUUGUCGGAGGAGUUGAAACGCAGCCUUAAAAGGACUCAUGAAGUGUUGAAUCAGAAGUCCCCGACAAAGCAGUUGGACAUUUCAGCAGAGAACCUGGUUGUGAAGGAAAAACAGGAUACUCCUGAUAUGACGGUCACUUCAGCGCUUCAAGUACAAGAAGCUUUUCAGCGACGAGGCAUAGCGUUGGUGUUCGCGGAUUUGGUCACUCAUGAGAGCUACACCAGAUACCUCACCACUUUGUUUGGACAUUUGCAUAGGGACCCACCAACGGGCUAUGCAAGAACAUCAGUGAGUCAGCUUGUGUCGGCCGACAAGACGGUGUGGCAGAUGUUGUUGGAGGAGGGUGUUCAACCCAAAAGGGAUGAAUCAGGUGAUUUAGCGUUGGAUGUGAAGCUCAUGGAGAGUCUCCAGAGUUAUAGAGUUUCCUUUUCUUUGCUGCCAUUGAUAGCCAAGAAAGACACUGGACCUGGACCGUCAAAGGUAUCGAAGCCGGCAGUGACUCAUGGUGGCAAGGGAUCCAACUCGCAUGUGCAGAAACCUUGGUUGAAACCCAAGGGUGGAAAGAAAGGAAGCAAGGGCAAGGUCAGGGUUCCUAACCACAUCUUCAAGUUGGGCGGCACUUCAUCCAAUCCAGCAGGCGACCCAAUCUGUUUUGGCUACAACAGCAGUUCAGGUUGCCCAGAUGCAGCCGACGGAACAUCAAGUUGCGUGAUUCACAUGGCAGGGCGUUGCUUGGGCCGAGACCUCUCCGUUCGGCAGCUUGGCCCGAAGGGCUACCAGGUGUCCCUGAAAUCCAUGCGCGCAGUUGCAACGGCCCAGCCAAAAGCAGCAAAGUUUCCUCCUGUUGUGCGGGAGCACAAAACCAUUGUCCGCAUCACAGGGCCUUUUGAGGCACUAGCAAAGGCACCAGUGGCACCCAUGCAACGUCUCAAGACUAGCUGGCCAGCUCCCGACUCUUGUCAGACUGAUGUGCCGAUGUUGCCUAAGGGAGCUCAGUUGUUGCGUGUGACACCCCUACGGUCAAGUUUGUUUGAGCAAGCUUGGGGCAUUCCGUUCGAGCCAGAGGAGUUCAUAUGGGAGGCAGUGCAAAGAGGUCACCCCAGGUUGUUUUCGCGAUUGGUGCCUAGUGUUUUGCAAGAAGCCAUCAGCAACAAUUUUUGUGAAGGCAGUUUGCAUAGACUCCCUAGGGACAGAAGCCUCUGGUUUGCAAAAUGGACUGAGCGUGCAAAGCAAUUGAGACAUGAGGACAUGGAAAUCAAGAAGGCAUUACCAGAGCAUGCUGCAAAGAUUUUGGAGCCAAAAAGGUUGGCACUCUUCAAGGAAAUUUUAUUGGACUUGAAUUACCCUGAUGUUGGAGCAUUUGAUGAGCUGGUACAAGGUACAGAGCUGGUUGGUGAGGUACAGCCUUACGGAAUUUUUGAGAAAGCGUUCAAGCCAGCCGAAAAAACGAUUGAACAAGUCAGUCAGGCGAGUCGCUCUGAGAGAUUGCUAAAUUUUUACAAGUGUUCAUCUUCGGGUGAUGGGGAGAUCGAUGAAAUGGUUUAUAGCAAGACGUUGGAGGAAGUGGAAUUUGGUUGGGCUUGUGGGCUCCUUGAAUUGGAUCACCUUCCAACUGGGCUGGUGAAGUUCACCAACACUAAGAAGCGAGCAAAUGAAUUGAUCGAUACCAUCAACACCAUCUUGCAGAAGGGGAGCAUGACGCUGGUAGAGGCGCAGAACAUUGGCGUUUUGGUUUCGGAUGUUUUUCAGAUUGGUGGCAUGUGUUGCAAUUGGUGUUUGUAA